AUCUCUCGUGUCCUUUGGUAUCAAACAACGCGCCAUCGGUGAACCCGCCAAAACCCAAGAGAUCUCGAACUACAAGAACACUAUUGGAUCCCUGAAGCGAUUAUUGGGACGUACCGUAUCGGAUCCGGAAAUCACUGAACAUGAAAAGAAGUUUAUCACUGCAAAUCUUGUCGAUGUACAUGGUACUGUCGGUGCUAAGGUAAACUAUGCUGGUGAAACCCAGAAUUACUCUGCCACACAGUUGGUCGGAAUGUUCUUGGGCAAGCUCCGAGAUAUAGCUGCAAAAGAAUUGAGCGCGGCCGUUUCAGAUGUCGUAAUUGCUGUACCAGCCUGGUACACGGAUGUGCAGCGCAGGGCACUCAUGGAUGCUGCCGCUAUCGCCUCCUUGAACCCUCUUCGCAUUAUCAAUGAAACCACAGCGGUGGCACUCGGAUACGGUAUCACCAAGUCCGACCUCCCAGAUCCAGAGAAUCCUCGCCAUGUCAUUUUUAUCGAUGUCGGCCACUCGAAUCUUACCGCCACUGUCGUCGCGUUCGCCAAAAACCAGUUGCAC